GAAGUGCAGUUUGUGUUUCGGAAGUGUGUCCACGAUCCCGGUCCGGUGUGUUACAACUACUCCUGGAAAUGGGCGCAGUGGGGAAAUAUCUAAAUAAAACGGAUCAGUUCAUAAUUAUAAGGAAUUAUAUUUGAUAUUUGAGUAGGUAUGUAUUCUUGUCGAAAAAGGACACCGAACAUGGAUAAUCAAAAUACAGAGGCGAGAUUUAGUCUGGACUGUGUUGAAGAGAGUGGCCUCAGCAUUUCAGGUUUUUCCGAUGAGAUCUUGUUGAACAUUCUCACACAUGUGCCCAGUCAUGAUCUGGUACUCAGCGUGGGCAGAGUCUGUAAAAAGAUGAAGACACUGAGUCUUGACAAGAGUCUCACUAACCAUGUUCGACUUUCCAAAGAAUAUCUGGCCAGUGAUGAUGCUGUUAGGCAAGUGGUGAAGGAGCUGGCCAGUGACAUCCAGACCUUAAGUAUGAGUGGCUGCUAUUGGCUCUCUGGGGCUACCAUUGACCAGUUAACCAGGUGCAAAGGUCUGGUCAAGCUGGAUCUGUCAGGUUGUCGACUCACCUCACUGAGACUCUCAAAGAUCCUGUCUGUGCUCAGGGGCCUGCGAUCCUUGGCCAUCGAUAUAGACAACGGUUUUGACUUGAAUCAGCUAAGCAGUGAGAGCAAGGCCACCCUGAGCCGGGUCAAUGAGCUCAAGCAGACCCUGUACACACCCUCCUAUGGUGUGGUCCCCUGCUGUACUAACCUGGAGAGACUGCUGUUGUACUUUGAAAUCCACGAUGUCACUCGAGAGGGCUCCACUGUUUGUUGUCAGCUGAUGGUGGGGCAGAGCAGCAUACCACACUACCAGAACCUACAGGUGUUCUUCGCUCGGCUGGCUCCUGGUGAGGUCAACCAGACCCUCAUGAACCUGUACCUGGCUGUCUUCAGUGUCCGUGUCCCCGAACACCUGCGGGUUUUUAUCAUCUCUAUUCCUGGGAAUAACCCGGGCCAUUGGCCCGCUGCCCGGAGCCUUCUAGAAGGCAUGGCCAGGAACGGAGCCCUGGAGGCCCUGCAACUGCCGAAGACCUGGGUGGAGCACUCCUCCCUCCAGUGCAUCCUUAAGCACAGCGUGCCCUCCCACCUGAACUUCAGCCGCUGUUCCGUGUUCGGGAGCCACCUCAUCCACCGCAUCCUGAGCAACGUCCAGGAUCUCCGGCAGCUGGUCAGCCUGAACCUCAGCGGCUGCAUUCAGGGGCUCUUCUUAGACUGUACGUGGAAGGCUGACGAACAGAUAGACGGUUGCGCCAUGGAGUCGCUGGUGAGCGCCUGCCCCAACAUCAGACACCUCAACCUGUCGGCAGCGCACUACCACGGCACGCCUGGCUCGGAGGAGCAUCUCUGCACGUUCCUGGCCAGGCUGAGGAGCCUGCGCUCCCUGGCCCUGCCUGUGUGCGCCGUCUCGGAUGGUGCGAAGACCUCUGAGCAGGUGGUGCAGGACAAUGUGGCUCCACUCUCCAGCUCCCUCAUGCUGGGCCUCAAGAAGACUGCUCGUGUUGGCCUGCAGACCUAUAGGGUAAACUCGGAGCCUAGGGCCAGUGAAUCCAGCUCCGCCUUCCGGGCCCUCCUGGAGGGAAGCCCCUUCCUCGAAGUGCUGGAGCUCAUAGGGUCGAACUUUUCUUCUGCAAUGCCCCGCAAUGAGCCGGCCAUCCGCAAAGAGCAGGCGGCUUGCAGUCUGGCGGGACAGAUCGGGGACUCGGAGGUGGCGGUGGUGGGUAUGCUGCUCUUCCUGCGCAGGCUGACCUUGGCGCAGCUUCCAGGGAUGCUCAAGGGAACUGGCUUGCUGGAGGUGGCCAUGAAAUGUCGGGACCUGCAAACGCUCUCCCUCGCCAACCUGGGAGUUCUGAAGAACAUGACCUACAUGCCAUCCCUCAUUGAGGCUCUACCUUACUGCAAACAACUGAGAGACUUAAGACUCGAGCAGCCCUACAUCAACGCCAACGCCCGGUUCUUCCAGGCACUGAGCCAGUGUCGUGCCCUGCGUCGACUCUGCAUCAUCUCGCGCAACGGCACCUUCCAGGCGGACGCAGUCGUGUCCUUCAUGGAGAGCUGCCUCGACGUUAUCGUGUGUCACAUGUUCAUGGGUGGGACCCUGGUGGCCUGUCGGAACCUUCAAAAAACCCUUCAGGACAGGUUUUCGUCGGAGCGUCCGGCGCUCAACGUCGUCAUCUACCCCUUGCUACAUGAAGACCUGGCUCUAAUCAUCAGAGAGAUGCCCCUCCUGCACCUGGACGAGAUCACGCUGUUCAAGAGCCGCGUGGCUGAGGACCCGCCACAGCUAUGGUGGUAGUUGUCACUGUUUGUCCCUCGUCUCCAUUUGUUAGCACAAAGGAGUGACUUCAAGGGACUUAACCACCAGCUGAAGAUGUGCUCCAACCUCAAAGUCAAAAUGCUCAAGUGAGGUUCUGCAUAAGAAUUGUUCAGGAAAAGGGGCAAACCCUUGCAAAUCUCUGUAUAAAUCAGUUAUUUAAAGUGUAUUUAGUGUAGUCUUAAGUUCUGCAAGCUCUGACCCCAUUUUCACACUCUCUACCCUACUCUCUUUCCCAGUUUGAAGUCUCUAUUUGAGUAGUUGUGUCACCUUUGGAUUUCCAUCUGUGAUAUUGUCAGCUCUUUGACGGUGAUGUUUACAGUGUGGCCCAAUCACAGUUAAAUGACCCAGUUUUAGGAGCGUAUCCCCCCCGUGCUUUUUCUUGCAGAGGAAAUGGAAAGCUCCCGCUGACUGUGAAUUUGUGCUGCCAGUCUGGUCUCUGCGGAGGUCUGCUAUUACAGUCUCAUUACUUCUCAUCCUCUGGCCUGGGUACGUCAGAGUCGUCUUGAAAGGGCCGUGACUGAGGGGAAAGUAAGGACCUUUCCUGAUCAGAGCUGCCACCUUUUGAUUUCUCCCCCGCAGCAAAUGGAACCGAUUGUCGAUUUUUCUAUUGAGCAGCUGUAAUUCCUGAAUAGCAACCUAAUGGUGGAAGGGAGGGAGGGGAAAAAAAUAUGUUGAGAUUCCAUUUGCUCCCAUUCCGUCUUCUCUCAGCUGGUGCUCUUUUGCAAUCAUGGAGGAUUUUAUAUGCUAUAGAUGAUCAUAGACUCUGCUAAUGUCACAGCAAUCACCAGGCUCUCAAAAUAUUCCCUCGCAUGGAGCUGGAAAUCCCUUUCUCUCUUUGAUUUUACUUUUACCUUGCACAUUAAUGCCUGUGGAUUGAAGCACUCGUCCUUUUGGCUUUUCAGGUCCUUGGCAUGAGUUGUUUUCUGUGUUUCGUCCUACUGCUCCGUACCCAUGAUUUUCAGUCGGUGCCAAUGUCAAACUUCAGAAGCUUGUGUAACACAGCAAAUGCCAGCAAAUCAGCAGCUUGUGAUGGGCAAUAGAAACUUACCUGGAUGCAUGAUAAAGACGGGGAUUGUGGCGUGUCACUCUUGGUCAUGAAUGGCUCGGCGUUGAGAACCCUUUGAGGAGUACGUUGUCAUAUUCUGACUAUGUUUGGUGCAGUAUACGGGUCUGCCGUCAAAGUGAAGCGAACGUAUCUGUCUCUUUGAGAGUGUUUCUUGUGGGAGUUGAGAAAGGAAAGCAGAAAGAGCCUAAUCCAGUGAGGCUGAAUCCAUCACGCUGUGAGUUUAAUUAACUGCUUCAGUGAUCGGAUCCAUUUUUUUUUCCCUUUCUCUUUAUGUUUUUUCCCAAAAUGUACUAUCCUCUUGGUCUUAGCACUUCAAACAGCUAUUAUUUCUGUUGAUUUUCUGAUUUUGACUGUUGAACAUCUGUGUUCUUGCAGUAUGCUGAAUGAAUGGGCGGAUGACUAGAUUUUCAGACGUACUCUGUUUCAUUAAUUCUUUUCUGACCGUAUGGGGUUUGUUAUAUGGCGUAUGAAUAGUUAUUGGAUGAAUGGAGAAUGGAUGGUGUGCGUAAUAUGUGGAAAUUUGACAAUCACUAUUUUAAUUUUUUUAUUUUUUAUUUUUACUAAAUUUCCCAGUGGGGAUAUAUGGGGAAUUUUUAUUUCACUGUACAUAUGUAGCACUGUCAGCCAAAAUAAAUUUGUUUAGUUUGUGGUUUAAUUUUUGAAACCGUUAUCCAUGUACUUCUAAUGUACACCAAGCCAUUUACUUCAAAAUACUUCACACACCAGCAUAAUUUAAAUAUGUGAUAGCAUGUUUUCAGAAAUGUUUUAAUGUGGCGCAAAAAGUUUAGGUGUUUCUAUCCAUCUGGUUCCCCAUAAAAUUUUUGGUCGAGUUACAAAAUA